AUGUCCGACAUCAAAGAGUUAGCACCAGAUCUUGAAGAACCUGCAUUUGUCUCAUGGAGACAGGUCCAGAUCGAAGCUAAUCGUGAAGAAGAAUGGCAGCAUAAGUUGUCUAUUUGGGAAGGUCUGAAGAUUUACAGAACUGCCGUAUUCUGGUCAGUAGUAGCUUCGUUCUGUAUCGUUCAAGAGGCCUACGAUACUCUUCUUCUUGGCUCCCUCUUUGCGCUUCCUGCUUUCAAAGAACAUUUCGGACACGAUGCCGGGGGCACAGCCGGAUAUCAGAUCUCAGCAUCUUGGCAAGCUGGUCUACAGCAGGGAGCCAAUAUGGGGAGUCUGAUCGGCGUUUUCUUGGGGGCUUUCCUGGUGGACCGAUUCGGAUACAAGUAUUCCAUUAUUGGUAACUUGAUACUACUGGCUCCUAUCAUCGCGCUCGUCACUUUCGCACCCAAUCUUGGAGCCUUAUUAGCUGGGGAGAUUUUAUGUGGUAUACCAUGGGGUGUGUUCAGUACCCUUGCCGAAGCAUACGCCUCCGAGAUAUGCCCUCAAGGCCUGCGAGGCUAUUUGACCACCUUUGUAAAUCUUUGCUGGGUACUUGGUCAUUUCAUUGGUGCAGGUGUUCUUCGAGCUGCAAACAACAUCACGGGCAAGUGGUCAUAUCGAAUGCCGUUCGCUGUUCAAUGGGUUUGGAUCCCAAUACUGGUCCCCCUACUGGUCUUCGCUCCUGAAUCGCCCUAUUGGUUUGUCCGAAAGGGUCGGUUAGAAAACGCCGAGAAGACUGUCCGCAGAAUCGCUCCGGCUGCUGAACAAGAUCGGGUACAAGAGAUCGUCAGCUCCCUUGUUCGCACGAACCAUUUCGAAAGGGAAGUCAAAGCGGGAACUAGCUUUACUGAUUGCUUCAAGGGUGUCGAUAGACGUCGUACCGAAAUCAGCUGCGUUGUUUGGACCACACAAAUAUUAUGCGGUUUGCAAUUCGCCAAUUACUCAACAUACUUCUUCCAACAAGCAGGUCUUUCCACGAUUUAUUCCUUCGACAUGACGAUCGGUUUAUAUGGCGCUGCCUUUAUCGGCACUUGCCUCUCCUGGGUGCUUUUGACUUAUUUUGGGCGACGUCAAAUAUGGCUUGUCGGGCUAUCUGCCCUCGUCGUUGGACAAAUCCUCAUCGGUGUCUUGUCAGUGGUGGCAGACAAGGGUCAUGUUGGUGCUCGAUGGGCACAAGCUGGGCUAAUGAUUGGUUGGCUGUUCACCUACGAUAUGACUGUUGGACCUGUAGCCUACGCAAUCGUAGGGGAGACAUCGUCCACCCGAUUGCGUAACAAGACUGUUGGUCUGGCUCGUGCAUCCUACAAUGUAUUCAGUAUCUGCUUCGGAGUGCUCAUGCCUUACAUGCUCAACCCCACAAAGUGGAAUUGGGCGGGAAAAACUGGUUUCUUUUGGGCUGGAAUCGGUCUCAUCUGCCUCAUCUGGGCAUACUUCAGGCUACCAGAGUUGAAGGAUCGGAGUUUCCUCGAAGCCGACAUCAUGUUUACACGGGGUGUUCCUGCUCGAAAGUUCAAAACAUACGUCAUCGAAGCAAACGCUGAUGAGCAUGUCCAGAAUGAUUUGAAAUGA